AUGGCGGCCAACAGUAUCAAACUUUUGACUGGAAACAGUCAUCCCGAGCUUGCAAAGCUCGUGGCAGAUCGACUAGGAAUUGAAUUGACCAAGAUUCUUGUUCUUCAAUAUUCGAAUCAAGAGACGAGUGUGACAAUAGGUGAAAGUGUUCGGGACGAAGAUGUGUUCAUCCUGCAAUCAACGAAACCAAAUGAUAUAAAUGACGGCCUAAUGGAACUCCUGAUCAUGAUCAAUGCCUGCAAGACUGCAUCGGCAAGACGAAUCACCGCAGUUAUUCCCAACUUUUUCUAUGCGCGUCAGGACAAGAAAGACAAGAGUCGUGCACCCAUCACUGCCCGGCUUAUGGCAACUAUGCUCCAAACAGCCGGCGCAAACCACAUCAUUACCAUGGAUCUCCACGCUAGCCAGAUUCAAGGGUUUUUCACCGUCCCUGUCGACAACCUAUAUGCGGAACCGAGCAUGUUGAAAUGGAUACGUGAGAAUCUAGAUGUGGAGAACUGCGUUAUUGUCAGUCCCGAUGCUGGUGGUGCUAAGAGAGCUACUGCGAUUGCCGAUCGACUUGACCUUCAGUUCGCCCUCAUUCACAAAGAGCGAGCUCGACCCAACGAAGUCUCGCGCAUGGUCCUAGUCGGAAACGUCAAGGAUAAGAUAGCCAUAAUCGUGGACGACAUGGCAGAUACGUGCGGCACAUUGGUUAAGGCGGCCGAUACCAUAAUGGAGCAUGGCGCCAAGGAAGUCAAUGCUAUUGUCACCCAUGCUAUUCUCUCGGGAAAUGCUAUUGGCAAUCUAAAUAGCAGCAGCUGUCUUCGCCGACUUGUUGUCACGAAUACUGUUCCCCAUGCCGAGAAGAAAGAAUUAUGCGAUAAGAUUGAGACGAUAGACAUUAGCCCGACAUUGGCAGAGGCCUGCAGAAGGACGCACAAUGGCGAGUCGGUUAGCUUUCUGUUCUCGCAUGCCGUUGAGUAA